AUGUCACCAGAACUUAGAAAGUCAUUGGUUUAUGCCUUGUCCAAUCCGGAUGAUUUUCGCAAGGAGGUCCAAGAAAAGGGGCAAAAGAGCACAACUGCAUGCCUGUCUACAGUAGCAUUUGGUGAUGAGGAUAUGUAUGCAGAAACACUAGAUCACAAUCGACCCUUGUUCAUCACUGGUCUUGUUCUUAACACCAAAAUCUCUCGGGUUUUGGUUGAUGGUGGAUCCGCAGUAAAUUUACUGCCAAAAAGAGCUUUGGGCAUAAUAGGGGUUCGAUUAUCCCAAUUACGGCCAUGUCAUCUGGUGAUUCAAGGUUUCAAUCAAAAUGAACAACGCCCCAUGGGGAAAAUCAAAUUGCGAACUAAAUUUGGUGGCAUCGAGGAAGAUGCCGAGUUUUUGGUGAUUGAUGUAGACACUUCCUACAAUGCCUUGCUUGGGAGACCAUGGUCACAUAAUCAUAUGGCGGUGCCCUCUACCUACCAUCAGUGCAUCAAAUAUCCAUUACCUCCACCUAUAAAUGAAGGGACAAUUGUUGCGGAUAAUGAUCCCUUUAAUGGGGUUGAAGCUUACUAUGCGGAUGCUCGUUUUUACACAAAAGCUUCGCAAAAUAGAGUGAAGGGCUCAAUAGAAACAGAUACUAAAAGCGUGAAAUCUCCGACAAAGAGGGCAUUUCGCUACAUUCCAAAGUCUCAAAGGAAGCCAGGGACAAGUGCUUUAGGUCCGAUAAACCCAACUUUGGAGUUAAAAGAUGCAUUUGUCUUGCCAUUACAGAAGGCAGAAUGCACAUAUGUGGAGAACUAUCGUAAAUUUGUAGUCCCUGCGAAAGCAAAAGGCAUGAAGCCUAUAGUGUUCCAUGCACUUGGUGACAUGGAAAAGAAAGUUCAGGAUGAUAAUCUCAAAACUGUGGAGAUAGCAAGUCCAAAAAGACCAAGUUAUGCUGCAAACAUUACAAAAAUGUUAGUGAAAGCUGGUCUUGAUCCUGAAAAAGUAUCCACACAAACAGUAGCACCUUUUGACUCUGUGCUAACUCAUGCACAAGCCAAAUCCCUUCAGCAAGGAAGUCCUAUUGUGGCCACCAAGGAAGGAUUGGGCUAUCAAGCCGCGGAAGAAAAGCUCUCUAUAAAUAUGAUUACAGUGGAAGAGGCCUCAGAUGAUGGGAUUGAAGAUGAGACAUAUCCCAUACCAACACAAUCUGAAGAAGGAGGUCAGGCUACAAUUGACGAGCUUCGCGAAGUCAAUCUUGGUGAUGAAGGAGAGAAUAAGCCAACUUUCAUCAGUGCAAACUUGGCAGAGGGAGAGGCUCAGAGGUACAUCUCUUUUCUAAAAGAGCAUCGCGAUGUUUUUGCAUGGACCUACAACGAGAUGCCUGGACUUGAUCCUGGAGUUGCAGUUCAUGGACUCGCAAUCCAUCCUGAGAAACGGCCUGUUAAACAAGCACCAAGAAGGACACGACCAGAAUUGACGUCCCAAAUCGAGGCUGAAGUCGAUAAACUCCUUACAGCCGGAUUCAUCAGAGAGGUUAAAUACCCGACUUGGUUGGCAAACAUAGUCCCAGUCCCGAAAAAGAACGGGAAAAUACAGAUUUGUAUUGACUUCCGCGAUCUCAAUGAAGCUUGUCCUAAAGACGACUUUCCUUUACCCAUCACCGAACUUUUGGUUGAUGCAACCAUAGGUUACGAAACCUUGUCAUUCAUGGACGGAUAUUCGGGUUAUAAUCAGAUCCGAAUGGCCCCCGAAGAUGAAGAGUUGACAGCUUUUAGAUCUCCAAAAGGGAUCUUUUGCUAUACAGUGAUGCCUUUUGGUCUAAAAAAUGCAGGGGCAACAUACCAAAGAGCAAUGACAGUGAUAUUUGAUGAUAUGUUGCAUAACAUCGUUGAGUGCUAUGUUGAUGAUCUUGUCGCCAAAACCAGAAAUAAAGAAGAUCAUUUGGAUGACUUGAAGCAAAUUUUUGAACGCUUAAGGCGGUACAAGCUCAAGAUGAACCCGUUAAAGUGCGCUUUUGGGGUUUGUUCAAGUAAAUUCCUUGGGUUUGUAGUUCGAAGCAGAGGAAUCGAAAUUGAUCCUGCGAAAAUCAAGGCUAUCCUCGAAAUGCCUCCCCCCAAAAAUUUGAAGGAGUUGAGAGGGUUACAAGGAAGAUUAGCCUAUAUAAGAAGGUUCAUCUCUAACUUAGCAGGGCGAUGCUUGCCGUUCUCAAGGCUAAUGAAAAAGGGUAUACCUUUCAAAUGGGAUCAAUCAUGCCAAAACGCGUUUAAUAGUAUCAAGGCAUAUCUCAUGAAACCCCCAGUACUUAUGAGCCCAACCAAAGGAGAACCAUUGUUGCUAUACAUUGCUGCUCUUGACCGCUCAUUGGGAGCCCUUUUGGCCCAACAUAACGAACAAGGGAAAGAACAGGCUUUGUAUUAUCUAAGUCGUACUCUGGUUGGUGCAGAACUCAACUACUCUCCGAUUGAGAAAACAUGUCUCGCUUUGGUGUUUGCCUUGCAAAAGUUAAGACAUUACGUCUUGGAGCAUGAAGUCAAAUUGAUAUCGAGGGCUGACCCUUUGAAGUAUAUACUGUCAAGGCCAAUACUCUCUGGGAAAAUUGCAAAAUGGGCUGUAAUCCUCCAACAAUUUGCAAUUGAAUAUGUUUCCCAAAAAGCAGUAAAAGGUCAAGCCUUAGCAGACUUUUUAGCAGCGCACCUAAUCCCUGAUGAUUCACCUCUAGCCACUGAUCUACCAGAUGAAGAGGUCAUGCAAGUUGAAGUUCAAAAAGCAUGGGAGAUGUACUUCGAUGGGGCAACAAGGAGUCCGAAUGGCCAAAAGCAAGAAGAUCUAAAAAAUAACAAAUCUGGAAUCGGUGUUGUGUUCGUCACACCAAAUAAUGCCAUAAUCCCUCAUUCCUUUGCCUUGACAGAAGGAUGUUCAAACAAUGAGGCAGAAUAUGAAGCUGUAAUUGCUGGAUUGGAAUUGGCAUUGCAAAUACCGAUCGAAGAGCUCUUAGUCUAUGGAGAUUCUGAGUUGGUGAUAAAACAGUUGCGUGGAGAAUAUAUUGUUAAAAAAGCAAGCUUGGCCCCAUAUCACGAAAGGGCUAGCCAGUUGCUUUCACAAUUCAAGAAAGUUAACAUUUUCCAUGUUAAAAGAAGAAUAAAUGCUCAAGCAGACUCCUUGGCAAGUUUGGCUGCCUCACUUUCCCUGCCUGAUAGGGAGACAAUAACUGUUACAGUUGGAGAAAGAAGAGUUCUACGGCCCUUAACUGAAAUCUCAGAAGUAUUGCCAGUUUUUGCAGCCACAACAAAAGAAGGUGAGGAAGAUUGGCGUGAGCCCUUUAUAAAUUACCUCCAACAUGGUAGGCUUCCAGAAGAUAAAGCAAAAAGGGCAGAGGUAAGGCAUCGAGCCACAAAAUUUAUCAUGUGGAAGGACGCAUUAUACAAAAGAUCCUUAGAUGGAAUGUAUAUGCGUUGCAUAGCCAAUGAACAGGCUCAUGAAGUUAUGGCGGAAGUUCAUAGUGGUGUAUGUGGAGCACACCAAAGUGGUCCAAAGUUACAUAUGCAAUUAAAACGCCUUGGAUACUAUUGGCCAACCAUGAUUUCUGAUUGCAUUAAUUAUGCAAAAAGUUGCCAAGUUUGCCAAUAUCAUGGAAAUUUUAUCCAUCAGCCUCCAGAGCCUUUACAUGUGACAACAUGCUCUUGGCCAUUUGCAGCAUGGGGCAUCGAUGUUAUUGGGCCUAUCAAGCCAUCAUCCGCUACGGGUGAUAAAUACAUCAUAGCUGCCACUGAUUAUUUCUCAAAAUGGGCAGAAGCAAUUGCUUUGAAAGAAAUGAAGAGUGGGAAUGUCUCAGAUUUCAUCCGAACCCAUAUCAUCUAUAGGUUUGGGGUCCCAGAUAGUAUCAUAACUGAUAAUGGGCAACCCUUCAGAAGUAGUCCAUUAUACAAGUUAUAUUCCAAGUACAACAUAAAGAUCAACCAUUCUUCGCGAUACCACGCGCCUGCUAAUGGCUUAGCGGAGGCUUUCAAUAAGACUCUAUGCAAAAUUAUCAAAAAGAUGGUUGAGCGAAAUAAAAGAACUUGGCAUGAGAAGUUACAAGAAGCAUUAUGGGCUUAUCGAACUUCGCAUAGAACUCCAACUCAAGCAACACCCUAUUCCUUGGUGUUUGGGGGGGAAGCCGUAUUGCCACUCAAAGUACAAAUACCUUCUUUAAGAGUAGCAAUACAGGAAUCCCUAACGGAAGAAGAAAGUGCAAAAAUAAGGAUGGUAGAGCUUGAAGCCUUGGAUGAAAGAAGACUAUAUGCUCAACAAAACUUGGAGAUAUACCAGCAAAGAAUGGCCAACGCUUUCAAUAAGCGAGUCCGGCUUCGUUCAUUUAAGAAAGGGGAUUUGGUGUUGAUGGUUAGAAGACCAAUAGUCAUAUCUCGAAGGACUAAAGGAAAGCUUGAGCCUAAGUGGGAUGGGCCCUAUGUCAUUGAGAAGGUUUAUUCUAAUGGGGCUUAUUUGCUGAUCACAAUGGAUGGCGAGCGGAUCAUCCCUCCCACCAAUGCAAGGUUCUUGAAAAAGUAUUUUCCUUAA